ACAAUCGAUCAAAACAAACAACAUUAAAAUAAUCAACCAGAAACCAGGAUUUAUCACUAUGAUGAUGAUGAUGAUGGUCAGAUGACCGUAUAGCAAUUAUCAUCAAUCGAUUUGGUUUUGAUUGCACAAUUACUUUAAUAUCAUCAAUUUUUUCUAAAUUAUUGAAUAACGACCAAAAAACCAAAAACAAACAAAAAAAAAUCCACCCUCUCUUCAUUACUUUUGUUCAUAAAUGUUGACAAUGUCACAUAAUGCUUCCGUUGAACAUGGAAGCUGGAAAGAAUCAUUUCAUCGUUCAUCCAAUGAUUCAGUUGAAUCAUCAUCAUCAUCGGAUGAUUCAGAUAAUUCAUCAUCAUCAACAAAUAGUAGUCUAAAUGGUGGUGGUGGUAAUAGUCGACCAAAUAACAACAGCAACAGUAAUUCACAUUUACAACAACCACCAAUUGGUUGCAUAACAACACAUCGUGUAUCAGCUGUAAUACGACCAGAAAUUAAAAUACCACCAAUUGAUCCAUUACAAUUUGUUAAAAUACAAAAAAAUGAACUUUCUAAAACGGCCGUCGAACAGAUAAAAUUAGCGGAAGAGGAAAAAAUUACGAAAGAAAAAAUUAAAGAAGUUGAAGAAGAAUGGCAAAAUAAUCUGAUGAGUUGGAAAUCUAAACGUAAACUAACAAAAAAUCAUUCCGAAGAUGAAAUAUUACCACGUAAUCCUAAUCGUAAAACGAAAACAUUUUCCGAAAUAUUAAUGGAAAAAGCCAAAUCAGGAGCCAGAAUUGGAUAUAAUCUACAUAAAUAUGUUGAUCCAGAUUUGGAAAAUGUUGAUAAUGUUGAUAAUAAUUUGAAUAAUAAUAAUAAUUCUCAUCAAACAACAGAGUUUUUAUUGAUGGCAAAAGAUGAAAUGGCCAAAAGAAAUGAUAAUAAUGUUUCACGACCGAAUAUGGAUUCAUCGAGUUCAUCAAGGGAACAACAACAAUUAAAUAUGAAAACAAAUUUGGAUCGUUUUAUGGAAUUGGAUGAUAAUGAAAAUUCAAUGAAUGAUACUAAACAAAUUACUAGAAAUGGUCUUGGUGAAAUUGUUGUUUUUAAUACAUCACUUUUGGAAGAAUUUAGUGUUAAAUCUGAACAACAACAACAUUGUGAUAAAAAACAGCAACCAAAUAAUGAUGAUAAUUCAUCUAAAGAAAUUCAAAAAGUAUUAUUAACAAAUUCCAAAAAUGAAUCAUCAUCAUCAUCAGCUAUUCGUCGUUUGGAUAAAAAAGUUCAUGUGCCAAUCAAUGAUUGGAAAUCAAGCCAUCAACAAGUGCAACAAUCACAACAACAACAACAACAAUUAACAAGAAAAUCAUCUUCAUCAAAUGAAGAUGAUAUAUCAAAUGUACAACAACAACAGAAUAGUAGCUUUGAAAAUGAUGAUGAUGAAGAAUUAUUGGAUGAAGAAUUGGAAAAAUUACGAAUUGAUCAGGAAAGAUCGUUUAAAGCUAAAUUACAUACAUUUGAAAUUUUAGCCAAACAAGAAGAAGAAGCAGCUAGACGUGCAGCUGAAGCUAAUAUUCGACGACAAAAAAAUCGUCUGGCUAAAUUGGCUGCUGAAAGAUCAAAAUCUUUAUCAAAUAUUAAUUCACAACCAAAACAUCCGUUAGUAGAUUCUAGCUCGGUUUCUAGUUCAUCAUUACAAAAUAAAAUUUCCAAAGUAAAUAACAAUGAUAAAUCAGCUAAUAAAUCAAUACAAAAUGUCAAACCAGUCAACAACAAAAACAACGAUAACAAUAAUAAUGAAGAUAAUUAUUAUUUGACAUGUAAAAAUCAACCAACCAAUUCAGUUGUUUAUAAUUUUAAAGAAAAACAAGUCGAACCACAGCCACCAUCAUCAAAAAACACCAGUGCAGCUACGAUCGAGCAAUCACGAAUAUCGCCUACCAAAGGACAAACUAUUGGACAAAAGUCAUCAUCCAUACAACCGGUAAAAAUUCAAACGAUAAAAACAUCACAACAGGUGAUGAUGAAAAAUAAUAAAUUACCUGGAACACAAGAAUCUAUUGAACAAUCAUCAAUGAAUAAUAUUUAUGAAAAUGUUCCAUCGAUCACUACCAAUCAUCAUCAACAUCCAAAUUCGAUUCAACAAUCAAAUAAUAACACUGCCACCACCUCUAAUGUUCAUCAACAACAACCAGCAACAACAUUAAUUCAAUCAUCGAAUGAUAUUAUUGGUGAUCCUGAUACAAUUCGUAAUGCAAGUCAAAAAUUACUUCAACAACAGCAACAAAUUUAUCAGAAUCAACCACCACCACCAACAACGAUAACAACAAAUUCAAUAAAACAUCCAUCAAUGAUUGCACCAUAUCCAAAUGAUCAUUAUUCAAAUAUUUCAUCAUUACAUGGCAAAACUGGUAGCUAUCUUCAUCAUCAUCAUACAAUUUCGGAUGAUGUUGGAUUACCACCGAUUCAGAUAACCAAAUCGAUACAGACAUCAAUGCCUCCAACAACAUCAGCGGAUGAUUCGCCGCAUUUGCAUUCGCAUCAUCAUCAUCCGCCGACGCAUCCAGUUUAUCAGAAUCAAAUGAUUACCAAUUCACAACAGUUUCAUAAUUAUGAAAAUAGUCCUGAAACAAUGAUUUUACCGGCUCGUGAUGAUCUAGUGAGUUGUUAUUAUCCACCACCUAUUACAGAGCCCAAUUUCCAUAAUCAUCAUCCUCAAACACCAAAUUAUCCCCAAUCAAAUCUAUCAAUGAAUGUAAAUUCACAAUAUCUUUAUUAUCCAAAGCCGUAUGUUGUUGGUUCGAAUGGAAAUACGCAACAAAUAUUAAAACCCAAUGUUGUUGUUUCGAAACAACAACAAUCUACAAUGCCGAAUAAUGUAACAACGCGUGUACCACCACCAUCAUCAACGGCAAAUCGUUAUGGUGCUAAUGGCUAUAAUCCAAAUCAUUGGGUCAUACAGGAAGCAGAAUUACGGCAAUCAACACAAAGAAUGCAACAACAACAGCAGCAGCCGGCAGUUCAGCAAUUACCUUUAUCACAAGUUUCAUCGAAUAGUAAAAAUUGUCCCGGAUAUUUAUCCGUUUCGGGUAAAAAGAAAUGUUCAAAAUGUGGUGAUGAAUUGGGAAAAGGUUGUGCUGCAAUGGUAGUCGAAUCGCUUUCAUUAUAUUAUCAUAUUAAUUGUUUCCGGUGUUCAGUCUGUAAUAUUCAACUUGGCAACGGUACUGUUGGCACUGAUGUUCGAGUACGAAAUAAUAAAUUACAUUGUCAAAAUUGUUAUUCUAAUGAUGAAGCUGGUCUCAAAUUCAGUCGUGUUUGAUUUCCAUAUAUAUGAAUGGUUGCAAUCUGCUAAAUUUUCCAAAAUGUUUGACAAUUUGAAAUCAAUAUAAAGAUUUUUCACCACCAAUGAUAAUCAGUGAUCAUUCUAAACCCAAUUUUUGUAUUGUUUUUUUAAAUCUUUUUGCUUUUUUCCCAUUUACAGUUUUAUAUAUCAUACUUUCUUGUAACAAAUCAAAUAAAAAAAGUUCGUUUCGCUUGUAUUACAAUCUAA